AUGGUAUUUUAUAUUUCCUCAAAGGGCAACCAAAUAAAUGACUACAUUAUAACAAGAUCAGUAAGUUCCAGGGGAGAUUACAUCAACGGUGUCAAAAAAGACGAUUCGAAAUAUAGAAGAAGCGAAGGCAACGGUUUCGUUAUCGGUAACGGUCUAUCAGUCCGUAACGGAGGCAACCUUCGAAGUGACACCCAUCCUGGUAAGGGCAUACCAACUGAGAAAGGUACCAGCCACCCUGGAAACUGCAUCGACGUGGGAAUAAACCACACAGACAUCGAGCACAACUUUUUUAAUUUUAAAAAUGGUAUAAAAAACUCGGUGGACUUUGGCUUGUUCAUAAAAUUAAAAGACAUCAAUAGCUUGUCAAACGACAACAUCCACGAAAUUAAUGAACUCUUAAAGAAGGAGAAACAGAAGGAUCUUGAAAAAGAGAGAGGAAAGAGACCCAGUGCUGAGUCCAAGGACUCUAAUUCCUGGAACAAGAGGGGGUACCAGGAAACAGAUAACGAGGAGGAAGAGGUAGAACAAGAACAACACAAGACAAAACCACCUGGUGAAUCAAGGGAGUUACUACUGAAAUAUAAUCACCAGCUCCAAGAGGAGAAUAAGAAACAGAAGCAGAAGAAACAGAUACGACAACAAGGACAACAGCGCCAGCAGACAGGGGAGGAAGAUCAGGAGGAAUCCAUUUAUGUGAGGAAGUACAACAAAAGGAGGGAGAGAAAAAUCGAACCCUGCAUCGAGUGGAGCGACUCACGCGGGGGGAGUAGUGCUCCAUAUGAUAAUAGCACCACACGAGGGAGCAGUGGCGCCCGUGACACCCAAAGCGUAAUUGACGAUAGCAACCGGCGUGGUAGUAGCGGCCAACGUGAGAGCGGCAACUCACGUGAAAACCUCGGGCUGCGGGAAAGCUCCUGCAUGCGGAACAUCGACUACAGUCUUUGGAACAAAACAGGAGAGCGCACCCGAAAUUUAGAACUCACAAAAACAGGAAUUACUACUGAGAAGGAAAAGAGAAAAUACAACAAAAUGAAUAACAACACGGAUGUUCUUGUUAAUACUGGAGGUAACAAUACCUGCGCAGUUAGAAGUGGAGGAAACAUUAGGGGGGCUGGGAGCAUGCGAGGUAGCAGUGUUCGAGGCAGUGGCAUGAGGGGAAGCGGCAUGAGAGGAAGUGGAAUGAGAGGUAGCGGGAUUAGAAGUAGUAGCAUCCGAAGCAACACCGCUAGGGGUAGUAGUGUCAGAAGCAACAAUGGCAGGGGUGGUGGUAUCAAAAACGGAAACAAUGCCAACCACAGAGGUAAUAACAAUGAGUACUACUCCACUUACAACUAUAGGUAUGCUUAUGAGGAUGGCAGACAGAGAGAGCAGUUAAUUGGAGAAGAAAAUAACAACGUAAAAAAACAAUACAACAAUGUCGUUAACGAGUUUGAUCAUAUCGAAAUUUUGAAUAAUAUGUCUAAUGAUGAAAAGAACGAACAAAUAGAGGAACAGAUAAAAGAGUUGGAGGAAAUGGAAGAACUGGACGUUUUAGAAAGACACAGGGAUGGAAGGCUAAAUGAGGAUUCCUUACAAACGGUGAAGAAAGAUGAAGAGAAAUUUAAAACAAUUGAAAGAGGAAAUGUAGCAACAUCAGUAACAAUGUCCCAAACAGGAGGAGUCGUCGAUAGAACACGCUUAACUAAUCAUGAAAGUGAUUACUAUGAUCAGUAUGGAGAACAUAAUCUCCUUAAACAUGCACAUGCAAAUUACCAUCACAUGAAUCAGGACCGCAGUAAAGAUCAAAUGGAAGGAAUAAACGAAUUAAGCAGAGCACAGUUGUGCCAAGGUGAGUCGGAAAAUGCCAAUGGGGAAGACUCCAAACGAUUUAUCAACGCCAAUGCAUUUAAAAUGGCAUACGAAUGUAAUAACAGCGUCGAUAAUAUGGAGGGGGUUAAUAAUGGUCAUAUAAGUAACGACCCCAACAGUAGCAAUACUUACAACGAUGCGGCGAACGGUACCACCAACAUUAAGGGCGGAAGGGUGCUAAGAAAUCUGCACAAGAACAAUCUUCUCGUUGAUGAGAGAGAAGGAGUCAGCAGGGCAUCCAAGAAAUACGCCGUCGAAAUGGGUGGGGAAAAUAAUGUGGUAGUACAUCGAAAGAGGAGAAGAAAAAAUUUAGAUGACAGCAACAGGUAUGCAGAAAAUGAAGGCAUUAACGGAAUUAUUGCUGGGGGUACAGACAGGCAUGAUUUCACCAAUAUUAAAUCUGAGAGUACUCACGAAGGAAUGACUACCCCCCCUAAUGAUACUGGAAGUGCUGAGGUGAAUCAUAUCAAUAGUGCUUUUGGCGUGUCUCCUAAUGACUCCAACGGUGGGGUAAAGCAGGAUGGAGGUGGAAACCAGGAGCAAGGAACUACGAAUAGAUUCCGUGUUAACAGGUAUGAGAGAAUUAAUGAUCACAGUAGUCGUAGGGGACGUGGAGCCUACAUGGCGAGGAAUGCCAUGAGCGGUGUAAGUAAAUUUAGGGGUGGCUCCCCGUCCAUGGCGGAUGGAAACUACAAACCGGAGGAGGGAAAUUCAAAAGAAUGCGAAAGUUACAAUGGCCAGAGUAACAAGGAGUAUGAAACAUACAACGAAAAUAGCAGUGGGCAAAAUAAUCAUAGCACAGGAGCACAGGGAAUGGUGGGCACCAACCUAGAGCAGACAGAUGACGGGAGAAAUGGAUUGAACAACUCCACCCACAAAUCAAAAAUAUCUGUAAGAACAGGUCAAGCAACUACAUUUGGACAUACAAGAGGAGGCAUUAAAAUGAAGGGGCAUCGACAUAAGAAAAAAGGAAGAGCACUCCAUAGGUUACAUGCAAAUAUGAAUAUCAUAAAAGGAAUGAACAAAAGUAGCGAAUCAAAAUUUAGUCAUUCAGCAAAUGCAACUAUGCCCCAUUCGCAAAACCUUGACAAGAAAGACUUCUUCACAAAUGAGAACAAUGAGGAUCAUGUAGUCCAUGAUAAAGUAAGGAGUUCGCCGGGGUCGCACUUCCAUGGGCACAGUAAUGCGAAGGAACACUAUGGAGACAACGAGAAUGAUUACAUGAAUAACGAGAAUAGUUCGCAUAACUACGGAGCUCGAUACAAUGGGGAUUAUUUCGAGAAGGAAAACCACACUGAGCACAAGAAGCGGAAAAAGAGAGUCACCGAGGAAGGUUCCAAGGACAGUGGCAAAAUCAACGUAGGGAACAAGCACCAAGUACCCAAACUUCCGAACUUCUUUCUGUGCCGCUCCGAAUUAAUGUACAGAAACUACGAAACGGUGGAGGAAACAAAUAACGACCAAGUUUGCCUGACAUGUUCAGGUUUGCCUUGUCAUUGCCGCGUAGGAGAAGCGACGUUAGUAUAUUCACCAUUAAUGUUAGAAAGGGUACGAGAGAAAUGUUUGAAGAACAGAGGUUACCAUAAGUGCAUAAAAAAUGAAAUCGAGUUAUCAGCAUAUGUUCAAGAGUGCGCAAAAAGCUGGAAAUCAAAUAUAGACGAAUGGGUACCUUUUUCACCUGAGUACGCAUAUAAAUUAUUACAUUAUGCAAAUUACGAUCCACAUAAAGCUAUCAGCAUUAUGAAGUCCUCGGAGUUUUCCUUCCGCAAAAUUAUGGACCCUCCCACGAGGAAAUAUCAGAACAAAUGGAAGCCAAAGGAUAAGCGGGAACAUAUGUCCAAAAAUCCCUUUCCGUCUCCCUUGACCAUACGAACGUACCUCUCCAAGAGGCACCAUAUCAGUGGCUACCACCUGAGAUGA